GUUGUGACGUCAUUCUGGACGGCUGGAUUUCAACACCUCUAACGGCGAAAUUUUACACUAACUCAUUUCGCAAAUGGUGUAACAGUGACUAUUCGGCAACAUCGAACAGUGGUAAAUGGUACAGCGGCAGGUUUCUUCCCCCCCUCGUCCUUUGCCUACCACCUUAUCCAUACUCGACAUACUCUGACGUGCUUUGACGACUUCAGAGGCUUGGCCUAGGUAGGCCGAGACCUGGCCAAGAUCAAAGCUUUGAGACUGCCUUAUUCGAUGCUGGAGUCUUUGCGUGUGAUUCAAGUACUGUCAAAAUUGUAUUCCCCGUUUUCCCUAUUUAAAUGCUUUUGUAAAUGACAAUGGCGCCUGCAAAGAUUUAUGUGGUUGCUGUUGUGAUCUUCGUUUUGACGUUUAAUCCAGUGUACUCUGAACGAAUGAAAAGUAAAAUAUAUGAUUCCAUUGAGGGUGCUGCUUGUUUCAGAAGAUUAAACGGAACACAUCAGUUUGGAUGCACUUCACGCAGACUAGGCAAUGUUGGUGUAAUCCACCUAAUUGCAAGUAACAAAGAUCUUACAUGGUUGCUAAACGAAGGAGAAGCUAUGCCAUAUAUGACUGUUAUGUAUCCUGCCAUGUUUACCCGAGACUCACUCCUAAAGCUAAAAAAUUCUGGUAAAGUUAAUGGAAUAGCUUUAAUAAACAAUGGAUCAAUACCUGAACACUUCACACAUGAAGACACAUGUCCAAAUCGUUACUCAGGUUUAUCGAGUAAUGAGACUUGUGAUGCCAAGAAUCCUCUUGAUGUUUGGAAUCCUCAUGGAACAAAACUCUUGAUGGAGGACUGGGGCUUUCCAAUAUUUUAUAUAAAAAAAGAUAUUGAGAAAAUUAUGAAGUGUUACAAUGAUUACAACUCAAAUGGAAGAAAUAAGAAAAAUGAUCGCUCUUUGUGUGCUAUGGAAAUGACAUCAUUCAUGUUUGCUACUGUUGAUUCUGCUACAUGUAUACGGAGGAGUAAAAUGGUCACAAAUUUUAAUCCAAUGAAAUUCUGUGAUCCUUUGGGUAGUCGUAAUGUAUGGUCAACAUUAUUUCCACGAUUUAAAAAUGCCUCCAGUGAGCAGAAUGAGACAGUUUAUGUAGUUGCUUCUCGAAUGGAUACAUCUUCACUUUUUGAUGGGGUUACUCCUGGUGCUGUAAGCCCAGUGUCUGGAAUUGUUGCUCUGAUGUCAACUGCACAGAUACUAUCAAAAAUUUUCAAGAAUAUCAAAGGAGACAGACGAACUGCAUCUUUUAUUACCGAUAUGAAGAAUAUUGGCUUAAAACUGGGAUUACAAUUCAGUGAGAGAAAAGAUGGCAAGCUUCCACCUGCUUCACUGCAAACUUUCAUUGCUGAGGGAGGUAGUGCUCCAGUUCCAGGAGUCAUUAUAGCUGACUACUACAAGUCUUUCACUACAAAAUAUUACCACAGUAUUUUUGAUGAUGCAAAAGCUCUAGAUUAUGAGUAUCAGAAUGGAAAUAUGCCAUCACCAAAUUCUAUCCAAGCUUUUGUGGCAAAUGUAUCAACUACUCUUGGACACACAUUGUAUAAAAUGUUGAUGGGGAAGACAUACACAGGAACAGUACAAGCAGAUGUAUUAAUUGUGGAUGAAAUAUUUCAUUGUUACUUGAAAAAAAUGAAUUGUUCGUUAUUUCAACAAGCAUCGUUCAAUAUGAUGCUCAAUGAUGAGCCUGCUAGCUUGUAUGUUGGAGUACAUUCAUGGCGGGGGCCUAAUUAUCAAAUAACAUCUCUUACUGGUCAAACCCUUGCAUACCUCACUGGAGAUUUUGUUAAUAAAACUGAAAAAGACUGUGUGAAUAAUCCAUUACAACAGGUUUAUCAGUAUAUUUGGGUUAAAGGAAAUAUUACUGAUGGAGAUGCUGAGUACGAUUGGUCUUCAGGUCAAUUUUCCACAUGGACAGAGUCUGUAUGGCAAGAAUUGAGUGUGAGAGUGUUUCUUAAACCAUCACGUGCCCACGAAAUUAAAAUAUUUUCAGUUGGAGCUGUAGUUUUUGGUUUAUCCUUCAUAAUUGUUUAUUUUUUAAAUGCACGCUCUCAUAUACUUUUUGGAAACACAUUAGGGACUGGUGCCUGCUAGGGACGCGAUGCAAAUCAAAUAUCCUUGACAACAUUCCAUUGCGAUGAAUGCAGUACACAAGUCUCGCAACUGUGAAUAAAGUCACUGAAUGAGGAGUGGUGUAAUUAAAGGAUACUUGAUUUGCGUACUCGGAGUGAUUAGAAAUCCUGGCACAUAGGACAGCCUCUCAUCCUUAAUAGUGAUGAGGGAUAUUCUGCGACAAGUAGAAAUAAUUCUGGAUGAUAAUGGAGUAAAAUUUGUACACAUGUAAAAUUUUGUAACAGACUGACACCAGGUGCUCUCAUUAUUCAGUGAAUUGCAAUUUAUACUGUAUUUAAUUUAUGAAAAUUUCUUAUGAAAUUUCAGUUUGCUUACUAGUUUUCUAAUAUAUCAAAAUGUAACAAAAUCUAUGUAAAAAAAAUGUAAUUUUUUAUUAUUUGUUCUUUUAUAAAAGAAGUGAGGAGAAGUUUUGUGGAAGCCUGCGUAAUUAUCAUUCAUUAAAAACUUAAAUACAAUUCUUUUUAAUUAUGUAUAUGUGUGUGCGUGUGUGUUACGUAUUAUAUUUAGUUUUAGUUUGUAAUGUACUACUUUGAAAAUUGGUGAAUUUUGAUACACAUUAUUUUGAAUUCUGCUCUUUGAGGCCAAGAAUUUGCCAGUGCAAAGCCUUCCUCACCUUACUACAAUUUUGCAAAAAUUAAAAGGGUAGUGUAUAUUUCCCUAUUAAGGAAACACAUUCUAGAAAAGGUUGCCAAUAUUUCAUAUCAUACUGCAACCUUGUUUAGGACGAAAUGCUUUUGCGAAUAAAUUGUGCAUGCUUUUAAAAUUCCAAUUUUACCCCUGAAGAAAAUCAUUAAUGACUGAAAUGUUGGCAACCUUGCCUACAAGGUGUUAUCUCAUGGAGAGUUAAGUAUUAUAUAUUGACUCCAGCCACAGAAGUGUGCAUUUUCAUAGCAGUUACAAUUCAUGAAAGCAGUUAGGGGUCAUGUUUUAUAAAUUACAUUGUACAAAUUUGGAUGAUUUUUGAAGACCAUCCUUACCCUUGUAAUGCAAACUUAAACCCUUUUAAAUAAUUCCAUAAUGUUUGUGUGCAUGACUUAUGCUCACCCGCACCUCGCUCAAGAGCAGUACUAGGAAAAAAAUCAUUGUAAGUUGACUCCUCGUGCUGUCCCCAGUUUUACCAUCGAAAAUGAAAUACAUUGUAAACUCUGUCAAUGUGCCCCUAGAAGUACCACGAAUUAUAUUAAUGGCUAAUGGAAAUGUUUACAUACUACAGGUAUAACUGCUCAUGAAAUGGGUGGUUUCUUUUUUCUCUAUUUAAUAAGUAAUCGCGAAAAGAAAAGAAAUUUGCGCUUUACAUUGAAAACUAAGAAUUCUCUUUUUAAAAAAAAGAAAGCAUUUCUUUUUCAGAAGGAUUGAAACGUUCAUAAAAUGAAAAAAAGAUUGGAAUUAAAAUAAAUAUAUUUAUCACAGUUUUCUUUAAAUUUUUUGAUACAUUAGAUAAUUACAACCUAUAUGAGAGUUUAAAAGUUCAAAUGUAAAGAAUUUGUUACAAUGCAUCAAAUUUAUAAUGAAUAUAUUAGCAAAUGAA